UAAGUCAAGCCAUCGUCUGUUUCAUAACUAUAAAUUAUUUAAAUGUGAAAACAAUCAUUAAGUGUGCACAUUAGAAUUAGAAUUUAAUAGAUGCUGAUAAAAUGAAAAAGGUGAAAUUUGAUUUUGUUUGAUUUUAGAUCAAGACUAGGUAUGUUGUCUGAAGACGGAAUAGAAAACCGCCAUGGACCUCCUGGAGUCAACUCCAGGUCUUUGAGCUCUGUUCACUCUGCUGCUGAUUUAGAAGUACUCCGUGAGAUUGAGCACGUAUACUUCUCCCCUCCUUCCGAGUUCGAUGCCGGGCGGCACGUGCUGGAGAACGCUCCGAGCCCCCCCACAUGUGAGGCUAUCGAGCAAAUGUUCACCAAGUUAAAGCGUCAGCAGCAGGUAGUAUCUGGAAAAGCUCUCCACUUAAUAUCUCAACAGAGAGACAAUUGUGAUCGCGAAUUUGCCGAGAUUCAAAAUAUUCGGGAACAAUUAACCAAGACACUAGAGACAUGUCGCCAAGCUAGGGAACACUUGCGGAACUCAUCCAACCACCUCAUCAUAUCCACCUUUGUCAUACUAGCUAACGUGCGAAAGAGACAGAUUAUAAGAUCAGUGCUGAAAUCUUUAGAGUUGUUGAGAAGUUUACGUAGCGUCGAGAAGGACGUCGCCGAUUUGUUAAAUAGGAAAGAGUAUUACGAAGCGAUAGAAUUGAUUCUAAAGAGUAGAAAAGCCGCUAGUAACCACAAGGAAUAUACGUGCAUAGCUGAUCUUGCUACUAGACUUCAAGACACUCUUGAUAUGACUGAAGAGAAAUUGGACUCUGUGUUGUCUUCGAUAUGCUACAAUUUUGAUGAGAAUUUGUUUAGGAAGUUAAGGAAAGCAUACGACUUGUUGGGAAAGACCCAAGCCGCUAUGGAACAACUUCACAUGCAUUACUCCUCAGCAGUCAACGAGACAUCUGUGGAAGCCUUAAAACUUUACAUUACAGAAGCUUCUAUCGAUUUAAAAUUCCAGGAGAUGUGUCAAUCGGUGCAGCCUAACAAAGCACCAAUAUGCCUUCUAAAUCUUUGCGAAAAUCUAUUUUUGAUUAUGCGUAGUUAUUACUUACUAGUAAACUGGCAUAUAAAGCAUGAUGAAGAUGAAACACUGCCUACUUCAAAUAACGUUUUCGAAAUAGAGAAAAAUGUUAGUAGGGAAUACAUUAGACAGAAGUUAAAAGCAGGACUCAUUAGGUUGUGGCAUGAAGUUCAAGCAAAGGUUUCAACAUUUUUAAAAAGUUCGGGAUUAGAAGAGUAUGCAUUCGAAAAGUUUAUACAAAUGCUCGGCAUAUUGAGGAAGCUGACACAAGUGGCUGAGGUAUUCUGCGGUGAUAAAUCCGACAUACUUCAAGACUUUAUCAAAACACAAAGUGUUUCGUAUAUAAAGAAUUAUCACAGAGGCAGGAUGGAGGAACUAAAAUUGUUUUUAGAAAACGAAGGCUGGGAACAGUGUCCUGUAAAAUCCACUUUCAAUUUACUCAAUCUUCAAGAAUUCAAACAGUUCAAAAAGUACUUGAGUCCUACCAAAGCUGAUACGUCUAUUGUUAAAUCGCUGUCGGACGGUGCAUCAUCAGUGCAUUCUCAAGAUGAUAGUGUUUAUAUUACUAAAUAUUUCAAUAAAAAUACCAAUCACACACCUUUCGAAAUAUUUAGAAACGAAAAUGUGACAAAUGACGAUAUAUUCGGUUUGGAGCCAGAGUUAGAGGCGAGCGACGAGUCUGACGACGAGCCUGAAGAAUUAAAAAGAGAAUUUGUAGACGAAGCCGACAGACACGAGUAUUCUUCAAAUCACAAUGAGAAAUCUUUAGAGAGUCCAUCGAGAGUGAAAGAGAGCGUUAUUGUCACAAACACAACCCUGUCGGUGUUGCGGAACUGCGGCCAGUACCUUCAGAUCUGUAGAUACUUACCACAAAUUUCUUUAGAAGUCGUAAUGCUGAUGAAUCAAUUGUUCGACUAUUAUUUCUAUACCGUCCACUUGUUUUUCACGUCGGACUUAGACGUUGCAUCGUCGACAUUAUAUACGACAAAAUUAAAUUUAGUUUUGAAGAGAAUCUCUAAUAGUAUCGAUACUAAUUCAGGGGAUGGUGACGCGAAAUCUUUUCCGUGUCCCGAUUUACCUCAACAUUUGGACAUGACUUCAGAGGAGAAGCUUCAUGGGCUUAGUGAAAGAAUAGUUGCUGUAGAGAGUGUCAUAUUUUUGGCUAAACAGUACGAGUUGUUGCAACCAUAUCUGGAGUCGAUAGUGGCUCCACAUCAAAAGUUAUUACUUGAACAUUUCAAAGAUAACACUCUGGCGGUUGUCGUUGAUUUGAGAAUGCCAAUUUAUAUGUGUUCGGCGUCAAAGUCUGUGGAUGCGAGACAAUCUCUCAUAGCGAUGUCUCAAGUGAAAUGGGACGUGAAAGCCGUCGCUGUUGAGCACAGUCCCUACGUAGACCUGCUGACUAGGAAAAUUCAAGUCUUCGCGAUCCGUUUAGAUGACAUUUCAUCUAAAAUCACUUUGAACAUGACAGUCUUAAAAUCUAUAUGGUCAAUGGUCUCAAAAUUUAUAGUUCAUUUAUUAGUAGAAGGUUUUUCUAACGCCACCAAAUGCUCUAAUGCUGGUAGAGGGUUGAUGCAGUUAGAUUACAGACAAUUAUUCGUGAAAUUAGAAAAGAUAUCGGGUUUGAAACCUAUACCUUAUCAAGAUUAUGUGGAUAGGUAUGUAAAAGCUUACUAUUUACCUAGAAAAGGUUUAGAAGAUUUUAUUAGGGAAAAGACUGAGUAUUCUAAUAAACAUUUGCUGGCUUUGAUAGCUUGUGCUUGUGAGAAUAAGAGAGACAGGCAAGCAUUGACUGCUAUUAUCGAAGGGAAAGAUGUGUUAAACUAAUAUAUUAAAAAAAAAAUACGUUUACUAAUUUACGGCCAGUAAGAGAGAUGAAAUCUUGUGAUUAAUUUUAUUAUAAUGUAUAUAAAAUGUAAUACAAUCAAAAUUGUAAUUGGAAACGAAUCAUUCCUUCAAUUAAAACUUAGUUUCUUAUUAUAUUCUGGAUUCCAUCUCAGAGUACCAGAGACAUAUAAGUGGAUUUUUAAACAUUUUUCAUAAGAAUAAAUCGUAUUAUUUUAGCCUAACAUUUGUCAAUGGUCCUUUGAGUCAAAUAUUCUGAAUUUGUUUAUGUACUUAAGUCACAAAAAUGUUUAUAUUGUUAGAAAAAUUAUUUGAUUGUUACUGAAUGGAUCUGUUAUAGAUUCAUGGAUUUCAUACAGGGUGGUACUGUAAAUGGAUCAACCUGUAUUUGAACAAAAGUAAACUUUUGAAAAUACAUAAUAAAUGUGAUAACAUAUACUGCUAAUAACGUUUGAGAUUUAUUGUUUAUAGCAAAUAAAUUAUUUUUGUUUAAACUGUUAAAGGAACGCAAAUAUUGAAAUCAUUAAAUAAUUAUGUACAACAAUGUAUAUUUAAGUUUGUAAAUAAAAUGUAUUUACAUGGUAAAAAAAAAUUAAGUCAUUAGCUAUAAAGGAAUGGCGACUGUUUUAAUAGGAAUAG